GAGGCCGAGCCAUCAAUAUCACAUGACGGCACUGCGAAGAAAGCGCGAAAGAGAAGAAAAUACGCGCUAUUUGGACUCUCAUUUUGACGGCACCCAUUCACUGCAGAAGAUCCAUUGCUAUUUGGACUCUCAUUUUGUUGGCACCCAUUCACUGCAGAGGAUACAAUGGACAGCAACUAUUUGGACUCUCAUUUUGACGGCACCCAUUCACUGCAGAAGAUCCAUUGCUAUUCGGACUCUCAUUUUGUUGGCACCCAUUCACUGCAGAGGAUACAAUGGAGAGCAAGUAAUCUAUUUGGACUCUCAUUUUGACGGCACCCAUUCACUGCAGAAGAUCCAUUGCUAUUUGGACUCUCAUUUUGACGGCACCCAUUCACUGCAGAAGAUCCAUUGCUAUUUGGACUCUCAUUUUGACGGCACCCAUUCACUGCAGAAGAUCCAUUGCUAUUUGGACUCUCAUUUUGACGGCACCCAUUCACUGCAGAAGAUCCAUUGCUAUUUGGACUCUCAUUUUGACGGCACCCAUUCACUGCAGAAGAUCCAUUGCUAUUUGGACUCUCAUUUUGACGGCACCCAUUCACUGCAGAAGAUCCAUUGCUAUUUGGACUCUCAUUUUGACGGCACCCAUUCACUGCAGAAGAUCCAUUGCUAUUUGGACUCUCAUUUUGUUGGCACCCAUUCACUGCAGAGGAUACAAUGGAGAGCAACUAUUUGGACUCUCAUUUUGACGGCACCCAUUCACUGCAGAAGAUCCAUUGCUAUUUGGAUUCCCAUUCUGAUGGCACCCAUUCACUUCAGAAGAUCCAUUGGAGAGAAACAGUUUUUUGGACUCUCAUUUUGAUGGCACCCACUCACUGCAGAAGAUCCAUUGGAUAGAAAAUGAUCUAUUUGAACUCUCAUUCUGAUGGCACCCAUUCGCUGCAGAGAAUCCAUUGGUGAGCAAGUUAUGUAAUGCUGCAUUUCUCCAAAUCUGUUCUGAUAAAAUUUUUGAUUUUCCCUUUUUUCAUCAAAAAUUAUUUUGAUGUUUGAUCAACUAUUUGGACUCUCAUUUUGACGGCACCCAUUCACUGCAGAGGAUCCGUUUGAGAGCAAGUGAUGUAAUGCUGUUUGGGCUGUUAGUCAUUUAUCUGUUGUAAGGUAAAAAUAAGGCAUAUGUCAAU